UCUUUUUCCGGUUGUUCACUUCCUGUUUGUGGAGACUCGACUUUUUGGUUCCGCGGUGAAAUGGCCUAGUCCCGAGUUAGCUGUAAAUAUCUAAUGAGUCGCUUUUGCUCGGAGUUGGUUAAACCCACCGGAUAGCGCCGUCGGUACACAUCUUCCAUGGGAGUUUGUUUAGACUUCAAGCCUGACGAGGAGGACUAAUUAUGGCCCAUUGGCUGUGGCCUGAGCCGCUGUCACCCGCACAGCUCAAGCGCCUGGAGGAGCACAAGUACAGCGCCUCUGGUCGCUCCCUGUUUGAGCCGCCCUGCCAGAUUUACUGGAACUGGUUGGUACAGCAAAUCCCGACAUGGAUAGCCCCGAAUACUUUAACUAUUGUUGGACUCUUUGUCAAUAUCGUUUCUACUCUGGUGCUGGUGUAUUUUUGUCCCACUGCUACAGAAGAGGCUCCUUCCUGGGCUUUUGUGCUGAGUGCUCUGGGCCUCUUCAUUUACCAGUCUCUGGACGCCAUAGACGGAAAACAGGCUCGACGGACGAACAGCAGCUCUGCUCUGGGGGAGCUCUUUGACCAUGGUUGCGAUGCCGUCUCCACAGUCUUUGUUGCAGUUGGAACAUGCAUUUCAUGUGGAAUUGGAGGAUUCUCAAACUGGAUGUUCUUUUGUGGUUUCAUUGGGAUGUUUAUGUUUUUCUGUGCACACUGGCAGACCUAUGUGUCUGGGACCCUUCGGUUUGGCCUGGUUGAUGUGACAGAGGUGCAGAUUGCAAUUAUAGUCAUGUAUCUGAUGUCUGCGUUUGGAGGCGUGAGCCUAUGGCACACUACGUUACCAGUUAUAGGAUUGAAGUUCUAUGCCUUCCCGAUCAUGGGCAUUAUUGGUGGAGCCCUCUACUCUUGUCACAAUUACUUUUAUGUCAUUCUGAAUGGUGGUGUUGGUAAAAAUGGCUCUACUGUCGCUGACACCAGUGUUCUGAGUCCAGGUUUGCACAUUGGUCUCAUCCUUUCUCUAGCCUUCAUCAUUUUUAAAAAGUCAUCCAGCCAACUCUUUGAGCACCAUCCCUGUUUGUACCUUCUGACGUUUGGCAUGGUCAUCGCCAAAAUUUCAAACAAGCUUGUGAUUGCUCACAUGACAAAAAGUGAGUUAUAUCUUCCAGACACUGCCUUUAUAGGCCCGGGAAUACUUUUCCUAAACCAGUAUUUCAACAGUUUCAUUGACGAAUACAUAGUACUUUGGAUAGCAAUGGUUUUGUCUUUCCUUGAUCUGGUCCGGUAUUGCACAGGAGUAUGCAUCCAGAUCGCGGCACAUUUGCGCAUUCAGGUUUUCAGCAUCACACCCCCGGGCCAGUCCCAUCGCGACUGACGUCUUGCCCGGCGGGAGGAGGUGGGGGGAGACGCUGAUCUGUCCCCGCUACUGAAAGCAGAUGACAAUGAAGACAGACCUUUAACCCCAACCAGCCUUGAUAAAGUGACCACUUCUAAUUAAAACUUCAACACUCUACUUCAUUAACAAACAGGAAAAACAUGAGAAAUAAUUUUCUUGAGAAUUGGCAGAAAUCUAUAUAUUUUUUACUGCAAAGUCAACUAAUUAAAUUUACAUAAAUAUAUUUUGGCAAACUGCUUUUAAAAGCCUAAAUACAAAGUAAUUGAGGUAUAAAAUUAUUGAACAAACAGCAAAAUGUCAUAUUUUAAAUACAUAAUUUCAUUUUUAUGUUUGUUUUAAGUGUUAAUUAUUAAUUUGGUUUGAAUUGGUUGAAUAAUGUCCUCUAAUGAAGUGUCUAAAUCGGUGUGGUUGUCAAUGGGUUAAGUUUAUGGGGCUUUGUUAAUGCUGACACUGCGGCAGAUUUUCCUCAAGGUUCACAACUUAAAAACCACUCCAGCUACAAUGGUUUCUGGUAACGUAUUGAAUUCAACUUUACAACUACAAAACAUAUUUAUUUACCUUAGGAUCACUGUCAAUUAAUGAAGCAUUAUCAUGUGUCUUGUUCUGCUUUCUCAGCUCUUCUCCCUAAAGGGCUAUGUUAUAUAAUUUUUAUUGAUUGUACAGAUUUGAACUUGAAAGGCCUUAAUUUUAGUAAUCACUGUUUAUGUGAAUAUUUAAAAGUUUGUAUUUUUUCCACUGAAGUAUAAAAUGAGGUACAAUGACUUGUAUGACAAGGAGUUUUCAGUACCAAUGUAUACUGUUUGUUUAGGCUUUCAUAAUUCUUGUAAAUUAUUGGUGUAAGUAUGUGAUUAUUUCAUUUUACUGCAGUUUUGUGUUGACUUUGUGGCACGUUCAGGUUUGGGGUUAGAAGGGAUUUUUCUGUAAUGAUCACACUGUACAAUAUUAAAGCAAAUAUUUAAGUUGAAACUAUAUUUCUGAGUUUUGGGCAUUGCCCAGACAAAAGGAGUUAGUCUUGAGCUACCUUUAUGCAUUGCAAAUGUUUAUCUGAGAACAUUAUGUUGCACUGUUCAAUAAUUACAACACUUUUCUACUUGCACAAGUGGAAAGGAUUUUAAUAAAUUAUAUUUUAUGCAUUCUA